AGUGCUUUUUGCUCAAGCGCGCGAUUUUGAUAUUGAGAGACCGCCCACGGCAUGCCAGAAAUCACAAAGUCCGUGAAGUUCGACAACAUCGCCCGUGAGUGGCGCUGCAAGUGGUCCGCUGACAAUGACAAGGCGUCUCUGAACGCCGCGCAGCAAGCCCUCGAGGACGUGCUGGCAGAUCUCAGCUCUGUAGAGGGUGUAAACAGUGUGCAACGUGUCGUGUGCGGCGGAUGCUUGGACUUCAAGGUGGUGACCAAGUUGACCGCGGCCGGCUUUGGUGAGUGGGAGAAGGCAAAGUUCGCCCCGGAGGAAGAGUUCCUGGCCAAGUUGAAGGGUAUCAAGGGCAUCCAGGCCGUCGAGACUCAAACCUACACCCUGGAAGAGGUGAAGAUGAACAAGAAGGAUAUCAAGAAGGCCCAAGAGAAGAAGGAGAAGGAGGCUCCUAAGGCCGAGGAGAAGCCAGCAGAGGAUCCGGCUAAGAAGCUGAAGAAGGUGCUGAAGGAGGGUGGCAAGCGUGGCGUCGAGAUCGAGGGAGCCGCAGACAUGGGUGGCUUGCAGUUCUUCUGCACUUCCGUGGACGAGCCAGAGGGCGACGUGGACCUCUUAAAGAAGUGCGUUGAGGCCAUGAAUGCCAAGUCCGACCCCAAUGAGGAGGAGCGCAAAGGCGGCUCUGGACACAUUGGUAAGAUGGUCUUCUCAGCUGGCGCUGAGCAGUUGGCCGUUCUGGCCUACGUGCCUGAGGAGAAGCAGCCGGAGCUCGUUUGCGAGGAAUGGCUUGAGAAGGUCUUGAGCACCCAGCCAGGGCACAAGAUCCUUAGCAAGGCCAAGGACUACUGCACAGGAACCAUCGCCACCAACGCGGACAAGGGCGUUUUCCCACUGAAGAUCAGGGAAGGAUUGAUCCUUGAGGCAAACAACUUCCUCCGCAAGAAGGGUCUUUUCCCUGAGGAUGACGGUGAUGAUGAUGACGAGUGCGUCUUCGGCGAUGACGACUUCCCCAGCUAAGCGAGCUCGUGCGCAGGACAGCAGCAGUGGCACAGUGAUAAUGGACCUGCAACCCGAAACUGUUGAGGCAACUCUUCCUGGUCCUUGUAUGAUUGAAGAUUCAUCACUGGUGGAUUACUUAUGCAUAUGCAUAGUUUGUAGAUCCAAAGCAUUGAGAGACGCUGGUCUAUCCUGGAUCAAAUGCAGCUCUGUUGAAUGCCUUUCAUGUUGUGCACCGUAACAGCCAGGAAGGAUUUUCAAUAGGUAGUGCGGGUGGAAAGGCAGGUUGCACUUGGCUACAUCAGACUGUUGAUGCCCCGAACAAAGGGGUUCUUUUGCUCUGUGCUGCCUGUCAGCCGAUCCUCUUGUUUUGUGGUU